UUCAGCCGGAAACCGCCGCGUUGUUUUUAAAACUACAGGAAGUGGGGGGAUUGUAGUUUGUUUGUGUCGCUCUUCGUUUACGCGGAUUAGCUUCGCCGCUAACUUCGUUAUGCUGCAUUCACGUUACUCCGGAUUGCGGCUCUGAAUAAAUGUGAUGCGAAAGCGGAAUAACUCACUGACUGCGGAGACCACCGGCACUCUGCUGGACAGCGACCCGGACCUGAAGCAGCGUCCCGGCAGCGGAGCGGCGGGGCCCGCAGCGGGCGGCCGGCAGGGCCCGGGACAGGAGCGGAGCAUGGGGAAACCGUUCAGGAGGUUGGGUCUGGUGGGGAAGAUGAAGAGGAUCGCGCUGUGGCUGCUGUUCGUCUACAUCUCCAUUCCCUUCAUCAUCAAACUCUGUCCAUCCAUCCAGGCCAAACUCGUCUUCCUCAACUUCGUGAGGAUGCCCUACUUCAUCGACCUGAAGAGACCUCUGGACCAGGGACUGAACCACACACACAACUUCUACCUGGAGCCUGAGACCGGACUCAAGAUCGGAGUCUGGCACACGGUUCCUGCUCACAUGUGGAGAGAAGCUCAGGAGAAACGAGGCGACUGGUACGACGCCACGUUUAGCUCCAGCCACCCUGUCAUCCUCUAUCUCCAUGGAAACGCAGGGACCAGAGGAGGAGACCACCGAGUUCAGCUGUACAAGGUCCUCAGUUCGUUAGGCUACCACGUAGUCACGUUUGAUUACAGAGGCUGGGGGGAUUCGGACGGCUCUCCGUCAGAGGGGGGGAUGACAUCAGACGCUCUCUUCAUCUACGAUUGGCUGAAACGGCGGCUGGACAACAAAACGCCGCUUUACAUCUGGGGACACUCUCUGGGGACAGGAGUUGCCACCAACCUGGUCAGACGGCUGUGUGACAGAGGAAGUCCUCCUGACGCUCUGAUCUUAGAGUCUCCGUUCACCAACAUCAGAGAGGAGGCCAAGAGCCACCCCUUCUCCAUGGUGUACAGAUACCUGCCCGGCUUUGAUUGGUUCUUCCUGGACGCCAUUACAGUCAACAACAUCCGGUUCGCCAGUGAUGAGAAUGUGAAUCAUAUCUCCUGUCCUGUGUUGAUCCUCCACGCUGAGGACGACAGCGUGGUUCCUUUCCAUCUGGGCAAGAAGCUCUACAACCUGGCCUCCCAGUCAAAGAGCCUCAGCGGCCACAAGGUCCAGUUUGUUCCUUUCCCCUCCUCUCUGGCCUACAAGCACAAGUUCAUCUACAGGAGCCCAGAGCUGCCAAACAUCCUCAGUGAUUUCCUCGGCACAGCCCACCAACAAGCUGACGACUCGGCCUGAAAACGCACCCUCUCUUAAUAUACAACACGCAAACUACACGUUACGGUUUGUUUUCUGGUCGGACUGAACAUUCUCGCAUGAACUGAACACAUCAUUCCUUUUUCUUUCCGCGUUAGCGUUCCUCUCACACUAACGCUGGCUUCACAGCGCACGGGGUUGCCACAGUGACUGUUCCCGUGGAUUCGGCCAGAUGGCGGCAGAGUGUUUUUAACGCACUGCAGAGUGACGAGGAAGACGACGAUCAAACCAAACUGGAGAACGAACAAGACAGACGUGAAGUGAAGAAAAAAUCUCUGGUUUUAUCUUUUUAAUACUUUGAUCAUCGCACUGAGCUUGAUUCUUUACAAUCUGUGUGAUUUAGUUUUUGUUUAUUUCUGUUGUCGGUUUUACUUUUUUGGGUCCAUGUCUGACUCUUCUGUCUGGAGAUUUCGGCAUCCGGUUUGUUUUUAAAAAUGUCUUCUCAGUUUGAAGGCCUGUUAUGACUUGAAUUAUGAAUUAAAUAUUUCUUGUUUUAUGUAAA